GUCAAAACGGGUUACCUGUGUUAUUAGACCUUGGUGGACUCUGCACGUCACAUUCUGCAAGAAAUCAAUACACCGAAAGUUUUUUUUAGGAACAAGGCUUGUUUCCACAAUAAUCAAAGACUAAGGUAUUGAUAAUGUCUUCGGUGUUUUUGAAUUUCCGAGGAGGAGACGUGCGUAUAAGUUUUAUCAGCCAUCUGAUUCGUGAGUUAUCUCAAAAAGGCAUAAGAAGUUUUAAGGACGAAGUGGAGGAAGAGAAAGAUAGAGGGAAGCAAAUCUCAGCUUCCCUUCGCCGUGCAAUUUCAGAGUCGUAUGUGGCGUUGGUUGUGCUAUCUAAGAACUAUGCUUCUUCUGUCGGGUGCUUAGAUGAACUGGACAAGAUUAUGGAUCGUGCUCGGCAGAAAUUGACGGUAGUGGUGCCUGUCUUCUAUGAGGUGGAUUUGUCUGAUGUGAAAUAUCAGAGAGGCAGAUUCAGGGAAGAUUUCGAGAGACAUAGCCAAGUAGAGAGUCGAAAGAGGUUGAAGAGGUGGAGAGACUCUUUGAACAACUUAACCGACAGACCUGGCUUCUCCUUUCAAGCUUCGAAGGAUGAGGCCAAGCUGGUUCGUGAUAUCACACGUCAUGUUUCUGGUUUGUUGUCAGAGUCUAGUCUCAAGGAGUUGCUUCCGGGUAAAGCAUGUUCAGCUACAAAGAAAACUGGACUAAAAUCUGUUUCCGACCAAUUGAUGAUGGCUACCAAAUCUGAGAGAUCAAGUAAACUGGUUGCCGUGGAUCGCCACAUGGAGCUGAUGAAGGGAGUCUUGGCGUUAAAAUCUACAAGCGAAGUUAGAGUGAUAGGCAUUUCAGGCGCUAAAGGAAUUGGCAAAACUACUAUUGCGAGAUUUAUUUACCAAGAACUAUCUCCAGAUUUUCAAGAACAUUACUUUCUUGAGACCCCGACUAAACACCUUUCAGGCACUCAAAGUAUUGGCAAAAUAAGUAUUGGGAGCAGUCUUUGCCAGCAAUUAACCCCAGCAUUUCAAAACCAUUGUUUGCUUGCCACUUCCAUGAACUUUCACGAUCAAGGACAUGUCGGCCGUGCUUCCUCAUCAGGCUCACGGAAAGAGAUUCUCUCUCCAAGAGGUAAGAAACGAAAAGCAUCACAGACUAGUUCUGAGUUGGGUUCUUCUGAGGCUAAAAGGGCAAGGUUUGGGGACCAAAGAGUUCUGGUCAUAGUCGACAACGUUGAGAAUAUCGAACAGUUAGGAGAGAUCAUGAAAGAUGCGAAAUGCCUUGGUCCAGGAAGUAGAGUUAUAGUAAUAACCACACAAGACAAGAGUUUGCUCUUAGAUUGUGGAGUUGAACAUGUCUACGAAAUGGACUGUCUGAAAUACGACGAGGCUCUUGAGCUCUUCAGUGAAUGCGCGUUCCAGAAGCAGUAUCCUCCAGCAAAUUUCGAGCAGCUCUCGGUCCUUGCAGUCGAACUAACCGGCUGUCUUCCUUUGGGCCUUAAAUUACUUGGCUCUUUUCUACGUGACAAAACUCAAAAGGAAUGGGAAUGUGAGCUAAAGAGGUUGGAGGGAAGACAAGAUGAAGCCAUUGUCGAACUAUCAAAGCUUAAAGCACAAGACAGACCCAAAGAGGCUAGAAACAACAGCAGUAGAAAGAAAAGAUAAAGCCAUUGUUAUAAUAUUGAAGAUUAUACCACAUCACCAGGACUAGUUUCCUUUGUAAACCCACUUCUAUUAUAUUGUUUGUAUGAUAUCUUGUAAAACUGAAAUAAGUAAUUCAUUACCGUUUUAUGUACACUGUUAAAUAGCUA